AGGCCGCCGAGGUGAGGUUGAGCCCGGCGGUGCUUUCUACUGGGAGUUCGGGGGGAGCGAAGGAUUUUUCUCCCUCCCUGCCUGCCGCUGCCCCUCCUCCCGUUAGCCGGCCGCCUUUCAGAGGCAACCUCCCUCGCCCUAUUCCCCGAGCCGCCUCUUCGACCAUGGCUCCUCACAAACACGUCGGGGGUAAGAACGCCGUGAAGAAGCCGAAGAUCGACCAGAUUCAGGCCGACCACGAGCUUUUCCUGCAGGCCUUCGAGAAGCCGACUCAAAUUUAUAGAUUUCUCCGAACCAGGAACCUCAUAGCGCCCAUCUUUUUGCACAGAACUCUCACUUACAUGUCACAUCGAUUAUCAAGAACUAACGCCAAAAGGAAGACCUUUAAAGUGAAUGAUAUGCUGGCCAAAGUAGAGAAGAUGAGGGGAGAGCAGGAAUCUCCCAGUUUAACAGCUCAUUUGCAACUUACGUUUACUGGUUUCUUCUAUAAAAAUGAAAAGCCAUCUCAAAACUCAGAGAACGAACAAAAUUCAGUGUCCCUGGAGGUGCUACUUGUUAAAGUCUGUCACAAAAAACGUAAGGAUGUUAGUUGUCCAAUCAAGCAAGUGCCUACAGGUAAAAAGCAGGUGCCUUUGAAUCCAGACAACAGCCAGUCCAAACCAGGCAAUUGCCCUUCCCUCGCAGUUCCCAGCAACGAGUUUGAACCUAGCAACAGCCAUAUGGUUAAAUCCUAUUCGCUGCUCUUCAGAGUGACACGUCCAGGCAGGAGGGAGGUCAAUGGAUUGACUAAUGGAGAGAUUAAUGAAAAUAUUGAAGUAACAGAUGAGUUGCCAAGUCGACGGAAACGGAACUCGUCUCACAAAGAUGAUGGGGAGAAGACCUUUGUAGCUCAGAUGACAGUUUUUGAUAAGAACAGACGCUUGCAGCUCCUGGAUGGAGAGUAUGAAGUAGCCAUGCAGGAAAUGGAUGAGUGCCCUGUUAGCAAAAAGAGAGCCACUUGGGAAACCAUUCUUGAUGGAAAGCGGUUGCCUCCUUUCGAAACCUUUUCUCAGGGUCCUACACUCCAGUUCACUCUUCGAUGGACAGGAGAUGCUGCAGAUAGAUCCACUGCUCCAGUUGCUAAGCCUCUUGCAACUCGCAAUACAGACACCACAGCUGCAGAGACUAAGCUCAACUCAGUGAAACCAGCUCAGACCCUCUCUGUAAAAGACUCUUUGACAACUGAACUUCAAACUAAAAAGGAACAAGUUUCAAUGGAACCGAGGCAGAAAUUAAGGAUAUUUUACCAGUUUCUUUACAAUAACAAUACCCGCCAACAGACUGAGGCCAGAGAUGACUUGCACUGUCCUUGGUGCACGCUGAACUGUCGUAAACUUUACAGCUUGCUAAAACACCUCAAACUCUGCCAUAGCAGAUUUAUCUUCAAUUAUGUGCCUCAUCCCAAAGGUGCUAGGAUAGAUGUAUCCAUCAAUGAGUGUUAUGAUGGCUCUUAUGCAGGGAAUCCUCAGGAUAUUCAUUCCCAGCCUGGCUUUGCCUUUAGCCGGAAUGGCCCCGUGAAAAGGACGCCAGUGACCCACAUCUUGGUUUGCAGACCAAAGCGUACCAAGCCCAGCCUCUCUGAGUUCUUGGAGUCUGAAGAUGGAGAAGUGGAGCAGCAACGGACGUACAUCAGUGGGCACAACCGCCUUUACUUCCACAGUGACACCUGUCUGCCACUCAGGCCGCAGGAGAUGGACGUGGACAGCGAGGACGAGAAGGAUCCUGAGUGGCUGCGGGAGAAAACGAUUACUCAAAUUGAUGAGUUCACAGAUGUUAAUGAAGGAGAGAAAGAAGUAAUGAAACUAUGGAACCUCCACGUUAUGAAACAUGGGUUCAUUGCUGACAACCAGAUGCAUCAGUCUUGCCUGCUCUUUGUAGAGACUUGUGGACCAAGAAUAGUGGAGAAAAGCCUGUGUCGCAACUUUCUGCUCCAUCUGGUUAGCAUGCAUGACUUCAACCUGAUAAAUUUAACCACCAUAGAUAAAGUGAUGGCCAGGCUUGGUGAGCUGCAACAGAAGCUGCAGAGAGAUCACUCUGCCUUGAAACUGAGACAGGAGCCCACGGGUGAAAGCCAGCCGAACACUGAAGACAGUGCUGCUGCUGUGAGAGACAAAACAUCAAGCACUGACAUUCUCACCUCAGGUGUCGCCAAACAGAGCAAAAGGCACAAACUCUGAAGUCAAGCACCCAAUCUUCUUCCCUGACUCCUGAACCCUCCCUCCCCACCCCCUUCUACUCGUCCUCGCUCCCUGUCCACACCUUCCUCUGGAUACAGUGGGUCGUCACUGAAGAGAGAGGGGGCAAGACAGGAUUUGUUUGUAUGCAUCGCAGUUGGAGUUCGCAGGCUCCAAAUGGACACUGGGCUAUUCAUUAACUGAGUGAAGCGAGAUAGCAGUGUUGUAUUCAGAUACUUUAUUCUUGUAAAUGUUGGUGUGUUUGUUUAAUUGUACUUAAUUUAGCCGAUGAAGUACAAUUUAAAAAGACAUUACAUUCAUCACAGUGAGCGCAGUUCCAUCUGGUUACAGAUGUUUUCUGUGCUAAUCAUUCUUUCUACAAGAUCUUAUUUUGGCUACAAAAACCAAAUAUUUCACCCAUCAAUAUUGGCAGUUAAAAAAAAAUGGUAUUGUACAGUUUUAAAAACUCUUGGAAGUGUUUUUUGUGAUAAAAGGAUCUCUGAAAGGAUUGUGUAUCACUUCCCUUUUUUUUGAAGAAAGCAUGUACUUUAGAUGAAGUAUGCUGUAUAAAACCAUGAGUGUAACACGUCCUGUUUUUUUUAAAAAAAAACAAGUGCAAUUUAAAAUAUUGUGUAUAUCUCAGUCUUAAUUUCCUUGUGACACAGGAGCAGUACUGAUCUGUUCCUGUAUAGGAAGGACUGCUUUUUUAAAAAAAGUUUCUUUCUGUUUUAAAGUAUUUCUACUCUUUUUUUUGCCCACACACCUCUCGGUGUCCUUUGCUCUUUUCUUUCUGCAUUUCUUGCUUUCAGCUUGCUGUCAUGCCAAAGCGUACAAGCUUCAUUUAGACUCUUUUGUUUUUAGAACAAAAGCUCUUCUGGUGAGUAGUAGUGUCCUGCAUUACAUCCUGCUGUGUUUCACUGUUGUUUUCUGCUGGUAAUGUUGGGGCUGUUUCGUCGACAGAAGCUUACAAAGCAGUGGCUAUCUUUCUGCUGGUUAUGCCAGACGUGUCAUCUCAACAGGAAGAAAAUGCUCUUUAAAGUAAAGGAACGUGGAGUCUUGGUGCUGCCACUCCAGAGGUGAGUGAGGUUGGGCUAGGAGGGGCAUGGAAACUUCACAGCAAGGCUGGGCCAGAAAUUCUCUCCAUCUCUCUUUGCAGUUGAUACUAUGACUUUUUAUUUUCCUGUUACCAACACACAGGGUAUUUAUUGCAGGAGACACUAAAAAGGAUAUGGAUGGGAGGUAUGUAUUUUACACAGUAUUUUGUCACGUCAGAGAAGUCAGUUAUGCAGGUAGAACACAUCUGAGUAAUGUUAAUGUUUACAAUUUAUUUCCAAUGGAAAGCAAUGUUUUUGUCCUCCACUACUGGUACAGUAUAAGGAAUGCAAAUUUUUGAACUCAUUUAACACUGUGGGCCAAUCAACAUUAAGUGUUUAUUUUUAAAACUUCCGUAAGGAUUGCUUUUUAAAGAAAAAGACUUAUUUAAAAUGAGAGCGAAGGGUGCUGCUGUUUGAUUGAUAUUAUGUUGAAUUUACUGUAUCCCACAAGUCGAUGACUUUUCUUCAUUCCCAGCUGUAUGCAUUUUUGUGAAUUGUUUUUAAAGUUGCCCUUUUUCGGGUGUCUGUACAGUCUCUGCAUUCUUGUUUGUGGCUUUGAUCUGCUUAACGCUGUGCACAUGUAAAUCAGAUUUUUCUUUUGUACUUUUGGUUGGGGUGCUGUAGUGUUUUUUUUUCUUGCUGCUAAUGUUUCUAAGCAAAAUAAUUCUCUGCUGCCACGGAUAGCUGGUGUGGUCUACACAGUAUGACAGCCCAAGACUUCGAAUUAAUGCUGGAAAUUUUGGAUUUUGUGAUAUUUUACACUGACUUUUCCUUUUUAAAAAAAAACCCACACCUUCCGCCUGUCAGUUUUUGUAAACUGGUCAUCAAAUUGUUAAUGGGUUUUUCUAUUUAAAAAAAAAUAAAGUAAGUAAUUUUCCUACUCCAAACUGAAUGCCUAUGAUGCCAACCUGUGCAGAACAUCGACAUUAACAUGUUAAUUUAGAAAUGAAGACAUUAAACUCUA